GUCUGUUUGAAACUUGUCCAUCUCCAUCAGAUCUCCACUGCCUUUUCUUUUUUAAUACAAUUGCAUCUGUUGUUUCCUCUUCAGCAUGGCCGACAGACGAAGUGGUAUGGUGCAGUCCAUGGGCUAUCCGAAUCCCUCGAGCUCAGUAGUCAGCCGUGCCGUGGCUGCCGCUGCCGCAAACCGACGACAAUCUAGCAUGCGGACUGGACGCGCAUCAAAGCAAUAUUCAGUAUCUGCGUUCUACUCCAUGGCAGCAGAACAAGAUGUAGAAGUUGAAGAUGACCUGGCUCAAGCUCAACGAAUCUUGAGAGACCUGAAAUCCAAGAUUUCCACUCAAUCAAAAAAGAAUUUCGUUCUAGAACGUGAUGUGAGAUACUUGGAUUCUCGCAUUGCACUGCUCAUUGCCAAUAGAAUGGCGUUGGACGAGCAAAAUGAAGUCGCAUCUCACUUGGAAGAACACGACGACCAGGGCGAUGAACACUAUCCCGACCACCGUAAAAUGCAACAAUAUGGCAAUCUCUUUUUCCUACUUCAGAGUGAACCUCGACAUGUUGCCAGUCUGUGCCGUCUCGUCAACCUGGCAGAAAUAGAUACUCUACUUCAAACUGUCAUGUUCACUCUGUAUGGUAACCAAUACGAAAGUCGUGAAGAGCAUUUGCUAUUGACCAUGUUCCAGAAUGUUCUUGCCGCACAAUUUGAGACAACUACAGAAUUCACAUCACUUCUUCGAGCGAAUACUCCAGUUUCUAGAAUGAUGACGACCUAUACCCGAAGAGGCCCGGGUCAAUCGUAUUUGAAGACGGUAUUGUCAAAUAGCAUCAAUGGUUUGUUGGAACAUAAAGAUUUGAACCUUCAGAUCAAUCCACUCAAGGUAUACGAAGAAAUGGUCAAUCAAUUUGAAGAGGAAGGAAGAGACUUGCCACCAGGUAUGCCAAGAAGUGUCACUCCUGAUGUAGCAGCCGCCAACCCAGAUGUCAUUGCCAUCAUUCAGCCUCGUCUCGUUAUGCUCAUGGAUGUCACCAAUCGCUUUUUGGAAACCAUUAUGCAGUCACUGGAUCAAGUACCGUAUGGUAUUCGCUGGAUCUGUAAGCAGAUUCGGUCACUCACAAAACGCAAAUACCCUGAAGCGACGGACAUUGCCAUUUGUUCACUUAUUGGUGGAUUUUUCUUUUUACGGUUUUUGAACCCGGCCAUCGUCACCCCUCAAGCUUACAUGUUAGUUGACCGCCUUCCUGGCAAGCAUCCUCGAACGACGUUAACCUUGAUCGCCAAAAUGCUUCAAAAUCUAGCCAAUAAGCCUUCUUAUGCAAAGGAGACCUACAUGAUCCCAACCAAUCCGUUUGUGGAGAAAAACAAGCAGCGAAUCAACCGAUUCUUGAAUGAUCUUUGCGAAGUGGGCGAUUUCUAUGAAUCUUUAGAAAUGGACCAAUACAUGGCCUUGUCCAAAAAAGACAUCGUUCUCAACAUUACAUUGAAUGAAAUGUACAACACACAUGCAUUGCUUCAGCAACAUAUCGAUGUUCUCGCUCCGAAAAAGGAUGACCAUCUUCGAAUCUUACUUACUGAAGCGGGAUCAGCGCCGGCGCAGGUUCCUCGCAAACAAAAUCUGCCUAUUGUGUUACCACUGUUCAGUCGGUGGGAGACUCCUAUACAAGAUCUGACAACGGCUUUGAUGUCGGAAAACAAUAUCACCCAAAAUGACAUACAGUACAUGGAAGCCAAGGCGAUCUUCGUCCAACUCGUUCGUUCUCUACCGUAUUUUGCGAAGAAGCCAGUGAUGGAUUUACAUCGAAUUGCUGAAACCGCAGCGACGUCAAAAGAUGCUCAGAUGGUUCGAAAAGGCAUCAAAGUCCAAGAUAUGCUCAAGGAGCUCGAAGCUGCUAACGUCAUUGAUCGCAAAGACAACUAUGCUCUACUUGCUCAGGAAAUCAAGCAGGAAUUGGUUCAUCUUGGUGAUCUGAAGGAUAGAGUUAUGCAAGAAAGUUCCAGUCUUGAGAGCGUGUACAAAACCAUUUUGGAUCACAACAAUUAUCUCAAGAGUCAACUGGAGAGUUACAAGGCCUAUCUGCAAAAUGUGCGGAUUCAGAGCAGCGGUGGUGAGAAGGGAAGCAAGAAGUCAGUCGGUAUUGGUGUCGAGGUAGAGCAUUCUGGCAAGGGCAGCAAGUCCAAGGCUAGCAAGCCUCAAAUUUUGGGUCCAUACAAAUUCACGCAUCAGCAAUUGGAAAAAGACGGUGUUAUUGCCGUAACCAACGUUCCUGAGUCAAGAAAAGGAAAUAUUUUCUUCACCAUUUCAUGUCCAAUGCCUGGUACAUUCAUCAUCGAGCUGCACUAUAAAGGUAGAGACAAACCCAUUCUUGAAAUGGAUCUGAAGUUGGAUGACUUGUUGGAAAAGCAACAAGAUAACAUUCAAGUGUUAGAUUUGGAGUACGUUCAACUCAGCGUAGUCAGGACGUUGCAUUUGUUGAAUAAGACGUUUGUUACAAAGUCCAAGAAUGGAAUCUUUUCAUAAUCACCCUUUGAUAGUCAACCACUCAUUACAGUCCUUUUAUUGCCUUAGUAUAAUCUUUAUUCUCGUUUCCAUUAUUGACAAGCAAUGCUGAAAUGUUUACCAAAAACGU